AUUACAUUAUAUUUUUCAGCGUGCGCGGCAAGGCAAGGGGCUAUGGCCACGCAAUAACUCGAAACAAUCACGAAAUUGUUUGAAUUAACAUUUAAGACGCUGCAGUCUAUGUUUAAAAUAAGUUAAUUGAAUGCUGAAUAUAUAGUAUACUUUUACAAGUGCUUAUAAUUUAAACCAAUAUGACUUCGAAUGAAGGCCGAGCUCAGUCAAACUUGCAUCAGCAAGAUUUGUCAAAAUUAGACGUCACAAAGCUUUCUGCUUUAUCCCCUGAAGUAAUAUCCAGACAAGCCACUAUUAACAUUGGUACUAUUGGCCAUGUAGCCCAUGGCAAAUCAACUGUGGUAAAAGCAAUUUCUGGUGUGCAGACUGUCAGAUUCAAGAAUGAGUUGGAACGAAAUAUUACUAUUAAAUUAGAGCGCCUGACCGAGUCAGUUAUAAGAAUGUUUCAUGAAAGAGCUGAUGAAAGAGAUGAACAUAUUUUUUUUGGAAAGUUUAGAAAGGGGAAAAAGAGACCUCUGCCUUUAGACACUGAAACAAUAACAGAAAAGCCUCCAAACAAGAAACAAAAAAGACAUAAACAACAACCAGAAGAGUUCAUCAUAGAAAAAAUUCUUGAUUUCAAAUAUGCAUCGGGUAAAGAAAGCUUUUACAUUAAAUGGAAAGGUUGGAGUGACAGUGAAAACACUUGGGAACCAAUUGAGAAUUUAGAUAAUUGUCCGGAUGUUUUAAAACAAUUUUUGGUUAAUGAAGAGUUAAAAAAUUGUAAAAAAAUUGAAAAACUUAAAGAAGAAUUAUCUUUUGACAAUUUACUUAACGAUGAAAAUCUUAUUAAAAGGCUCGAUGAAUUUGAAGAGUCUGAUCUCAUUACAUUAAAAGAGAACCUAAUAUUAAAGUUACUUUCAAUGAUAUAUUUGGAUGAGACAAAUGAACUUUAUGCAUGUGACCUUGUUCAAGAAACAAGAAAUAUUUUACAAUUAUACAUUAUGUGUAGAAAACGCUGUCGUCAGCUAAUGGCCCUCAAAGAUUGGGAAGAAUAUUUAAAUCAAGUUGAUAAAUGUAAAAAAUUAGCAGUAGAAAAUGAUGUUGAUUUAACUGGCCCACCAGAAAAUUUUACAUAUAUAAAUGAAUCAAUACCUGGAGCUGGUGUUGUCAUUCCCAAUGAACCACCUAUUGGUUGUGAAUGUGAAGCUUGUAACUGUCGGUCCAAAUCCUGUUGUGGAAUGCAAGCCGGUUUAUUUGCUUACACAGUUAAUAGAAGACUUCGAGUAGCCACAGGUACACCAGUAUAUGAAUGUAACAAGGCAUGCAAAUGUUCUCCAGAUUGUAAUAAUCGUGUAGUUCAACGAGGACGAAAUUUUAAACUGACUAUAUUUAAAACAGCUAAUGGAUGUGGAUGGGGAGUAAGAUCUGAUCAGAAGAUUAAGCAGGGACAGUUUUUAUGCCAAUAUGUCGGGGAAGUUAUUACAUUUGAAGAAGCGGAGAAACGUGGACGGGAGUAUGACGCUAAUGGCUUAACUUAUCUGUUUGAUUUAGAUUUCAAUUCAGUGGAAAACCCAUAUGUUGUGGAUGCAUGUAAUUUAGGUAAUGUAUCACAUUUUAUAAAUCAUUCAUGUGAUCCAAACCUAGCUGUGUGGGCUGUUUGGGCAGAUUGCCUAGAUCCAAACUUACCAAUGUUAGCAUUAUUUGCUACAAGAGACAUUGAAGCAGGGGAAGAGAUAUGCUUUGACUACUUACAAAAGUCUUCUGAAAGUGAAGAAGAUAUGGAAACUCCUGCUUUUCGUAUGGAAGAUAUAGAAGAAGAUGAUACUUGUAUACCCAAUGCUUCCGAAGCGAAUACUACUAUUUCUCCAGUUUCACCUGUUAAGACUAGAUUUGAAAUGCAACAACAAAAUAUGGCAUUGCUCAGAAAUCGUACUGAAUGUAAAUGUGGGGCUUUAAAGUGUAGAAAAUAUUUAUUCUGAUUAAUAAUCAAUACUAAUCACAGUU